AUGAGCUUACAAGUUGAACCUAGUAAACAUACUUCUGAAAGCAUUGAAGAUCUUAUAAAAUUGAUUAAAGAAAGAAUAAUCAGUACUCCGAAAUGUUUAUUUUGUGAUCAUCAAAUGGAUCCACUCGGUAAAAUUGAUCAUUUGAAUAGCUCGCCUACAACUAUAUUCCAAUUCAAUUUUCCAAAGAUCAAAUCUGCUUAUUUAUCUGAUCACAUGGAGUACUCUGAUAAGAUUCUUAAAAAAAGAAAAAAAGAUGAACAAAGAUUUAAAAAGGGGCUAGAUUCUAAAGAAAUUAUCUUUCAACAUGUUACAAGUAUUUUCUAUAUCCUCAGGGAGAAAAGUUUCAAGUGGCAAGAUUUGAAGAGAAAUCCGCAUAUGCUGGUAUUAUAUCAAUUUUUCAACGAAUUGAAAGACUACUACCAUACUUUGGUCCUACUCAAGAAGUCAUCGUUUUUCGAACAGCAAGUCAGCGCAUUCAAGGCGGUAAUCAAAGUUGGCAGGCUAGAUAUCUUUGAAUACUUGUGGAGCAGAUGUAUACCCGUUGACCUUGAAAAUACAGAUAAGACAAUCAAGCAAAGAGUUCUGGAGAUCCAAUUUGCCUCAACCAUUCGUAAUAAUCUACAAUCGUUUGUUGUCGAAGGUGCAGUACACAAUCGAAUGGAUAUCGUAAAGUUCCUCUUGGAUACAACAGGAUACCAAGGAAAGCUAAACGAUGCUUUUAUCGCUUCACCCAAGUCAGGUAAUUUAGAAAUGGUUAAAUUGCUUUCAGCACGAUCGGAACAAUCGAAACAUAGUAGCAAGGUAUUUGACAAUGCUGCAGCUGCUGGCAAUCUCCAGGUUAUUGAGUGGUUGGUUGCCAACAGACCAAAAAAAGAAUUGAAAGAAUCGGACAUGUACAAAGGUGCAAUCAUCGGUGGUCACAUAGAUAUCGUCAGGUACCUGCUUUCGAAUGAAUCGAUACAUCGAUCUGUUAGUGCCCCUUACUAUGCGUUGGCGGCCAACAACGUCGAGAUUAUGAAACUUCUUCAUCAGCAUAAUUUCGAGAGCCACGGAGUCACACCGCACAAAGCCAUUGCAAACAACAACUUGGAGAUGUUAAUUUGGAUAAAAGAGAAUAAGACCGAUGCAAUGUUUCCAGAUUGUUUGAUAGAGAUGGCAAUCGAAAAUUCGAAUCUCGAGAUUGUUAGAUGGUUAACAGAGAACACCACUACGAUGGCAACAAAAAGAGCGAUGGAUCUUGCUGCAAAGUUAAACAACCUUGAGAUGUUAAAGUAUCUUCAUUUCAAUCGAAGUGAAGGUUGUUCCAAGAUGGCAAUGGAUCAUGCUUGUGAAUUAGGACACUUUAACAUUUUAGAAUGGUUGCACCAGAAUAGAAGUGAAGGAUGUACAACCUAUGCGAUGAACAACUCAGCAAAGAAUGGUCAUUUGCAGAUUCUCCAGUUCUUACAUGUCAAUAGAACAGAAGGAUUAACACAUAGAGCAAUGUCGAAUGCAACUGACUUGGAGGUGAUUAAGUUCCUCCAUUUCAAUACGAAUGAACACGAAUCAGUUCAAGAACCACUCGACGCUGCAAUCAAAAAUGGCAAUUUAGAUAUCAUUAUAUGGUUGUGUGAAAACAUCAUAGAAAGAUGUUCAACACCGACAUUGGAGAAAGUAAUGAAAUCCAAUUAUUCACACAUCAUCGAAUGGUUUACUCUCAAUAGACCUGAAUUCAAUAUUUAUAGGACAACUUAUACUGAUAACCUUUAA